AUGGAAGAAAACAGCUCACUUCUGACCCCUGACUACAAUGACAGCACCACUGCUUGGGCGCCAGUGCCCUCAGCUCCCAGCAGACACCUGGGCACCCUUCCCAACCCCCAGACACGCUUCAAGGACCUUACAGGAAUAUUUUCCAUGGUGACCCUGAAUGUUCUUGCAAUUCUGGCCAACACUGCUGUUCUGGUUGUUGUCAUAAAAGCCCCUCAUCUCAGGAAAUUUGCCUUUGUUUGUCACCUGUGUGCAGUGGACCUGCUAUGUGCCAUCUUGCUCAUGCCUCUUGGGAUUGUGUCUAGCUCUCCGUACUUUGCUGGUGUGGUGUUCACUGUUCUGGAGUGUCAGGUCUAUGUGUUCCUCAAUGUAAUCCUCAUAGCUGCCUCUAUUUUCACCAUCACAGCCAUCAGUGUGGAGCGUUACUACUACAUUGUCCACCCAAUGCGCUAUGAAGUGAAGAUGACGCUGAAGCUGACUGCAGCUGUAAUGGUGAUGGUGUGGGUGGCCUCUGCCGUGCUGGGGUUGUCCACGGUAUUUGGGUGGCCGUCCUACGGCAGCCGGAGCACCAUCAGUGCUGCACACUGCUCACUGCAUUGGAGCCACAGUGAUCACAGGCGGGUCUUCUCUGUGCUCUUUAGUGUCACCUGUUUCUGCCUGCCUGCUGUUGUGAUUUUUGCUGUCUACUGUAACGUGUACAAGGUGGCCCGAGUGGCUGCCCGCCAGCAUGGACCUCUGCCCUCAUGGACAAACAGUCAACUGAAGCAUCGCUCUGACUCAAUAAACAGCCAGACUACCAUCAUCACAACCCGCAACGCCCCACGCAGGAUUAUGCGUGAUCGGCCUUUCGGCGGUGGUAAAGCUGCUCUCACUCUGGUGGUCAUUGUUGGCCAGUUUCUGAUCUGCUGGCUGCCUUACUUUGCCUUCCACAUCCAUCUGACUCUAAAUGCAACACCCAAGAUCCCCGAUGACCUGGAGGAAGUAGUCACCUGGCUGGCAUAUUCCUCUUUUGCUAUAAACCCAUUUUUUUAUGGGCUUCUUAACCGGCAGAUCAGGGAGGAGCUUUGUAAGCUGAGGCGCUGCUACUCAGCCCGGCCAGUGGAGCUGGCUGUGUCCAGCCAUGAGGGCUCAGGCCACGAGAACUUCCUGCAGUUCCUCCACAGGACCAGCUGCACAUUAGAGACACGGGCAAGCUUUGCCACAUCCAGUCCUAGAAGUACUCUGGAUCAGACUGGACAGACUGGCUUCAGGAUACCGGGACAGAUCCCGGAAGAAUACAGUUAG